CACAUACUUUAGUUCAUCAUAGCACUCGCUCGUCUAUAUGCGCACGCACAAGCACACAGCUGCGUUUUGGGCGCCAUUGCCGGGUGCUGCGACCUUACUAGCAACCUUGUUGAGUGGUUGUUUGCGAGCCCUAGAGCACCGUUCUCACCUAGCAAGCUAGCAACGUAGAUCUGGCGUUGCCCUUUUCCCGCCAAACGCGCGCUUCCACUUGUCGCCGCGCAACGCCAGCAGGCGAGCACCUAGCUCCUAGCCCUACCUAGACUAGGUGCACCACAACAUACAGCAGCUAGCAGCCAGGAGCAUGGAGCAGGCGAGAGGAAGCUGCAGCGGAGGGCGAGGAGCGCCAGCGCGGAGUGCACCCGAGGCGCCCACGCAAACGCCCUUCAUCAGCGGCACGGACGGCUACAAGGCGCCGGAGCUUUACGAACGCGCCACGUUCGUGAAGUUCCCCUCGGCCUGGCUGGAAGGCCGCAUCUCGGGCCCCAAGGCCGACUCCUACUCCCUAGGUCGCAUGCUGACCUACCUCGCGGCCAAGCCGAGUGAACUCGACUCCGUGCUGUACCUGCCGGCCGAGGGCAGCGUGGUGGGCAGCGCCGCCCUGGCGCACCUGCAGCAGUCGCGGGGCGGCCGGCGGCUGGCGAGCCUGAUCAGCGGCCUGACAUCGGUGGACCCCGCGGCACGGCUGGGCGUGGAGGAGGCGCUGGCGCACCCGGCGCUGAGCGGAGUGGUGGGCAGCAGCGACGACAAGGCGCGCUGCUGGCGCUGGUAGUAGUAGUUUGGUGUAGUUGUGUGAGUAGCAAAGGUAGGGUUGGCUGGAGACUGCUGAGUACUGAGACUGAGACUGAAGACUACCGGUAGAUAGGUAGGGACACGCACACGUGGGGCUGCGGAAGCCCCGUACUUAGUGAGCACGCGGUUCAUGUCGAGAAGUAAGGGACUGCUGGGUAUGGAUGGAAAGCAUCGUAGGGUGACAUCGUGAUACACGCUGUAGGUGGUAGCACUUUCAGGAUAGGAGCAACAAGAGACGAACGACUGUUGGCAAUGAUGAGUAGCUGGUGUUCGCCGCCCAUGCCGCAUCAGGUGUGGGUCCGCUCUGAACAAGUAUGAGCUGGUGCCGCAAGGGCCGUAAGGGCUUUCCAUGAUCCGCAAGCAUGAGUGAGAUCCCAACUGACAGAGCUGGAGCUUCCAUAUGUGCUUUCAACAUGUGCAUUCUACGGUAUUCUGUUUGGGCGAUGUGGUGUCGGGCGUCGUGUCGGGCGUGGGCAUGUGGACCUGUUAGGACCUGGCUGGUGAAGUUGAUAAGUACUGAAGGCAGCGCAGUAGGCCACAUGUAGCGGACGCCGUACGUUGCAACCAAGCGGUGGCAUGAAUCAAGCGGAGCGCAAUGCGAGCUUUCGCUAUGAAACGGAUACCAGGCGUAAAGAACCAAAUCAUUGUAACAAUCUUGCAGA